AUGUUUGCACGAGCCUCAAAACGCACGUUGUAUCGCGAUGCGUACAGGCAAUCCACUUCCAGCCUCGAGCUUCUACAUCUCCCUUUCCUAUGCCCCGCUUUAUUUGGACAAUUAAAUGGCGCCCCCAUUCAUUCGAAAACCGUCCGGGCCGCCUCCUCAAAGCCCCACCUGGAACGGUCAAACGCGAGGAGUUGCAGACAUCCGAUACCCAGGACCCCUUCACACCGUAGAAGGCUCGCCUCAGCUGCCACCGCCGUCCAGUAUGAACCUGAACAUGACUCAUAUGUUCCUUGGGCUGAACCUUCGGUCGCCAAUUUCAACUACCAGCCUAGGUUUGACGGAACCGGCAUCUCUGCCCUUCGCCACUUUGAUCCGAAUACCUCACUGCUCAUCAUCAAAGAUACACUUACCACACACCCCAAGAGGUUUCGUGUUAAAGACGCCAUAACCGGCGACCUCAAUGAGCUCCAUCAGAACCUACAUGCCUGCCUCCAAGUGGGCCGUCUCGAGCGAGCUGCGGCUCUCUUGCGAAGGCUCAACCAGAUCUACAGUCCAGAUGCUGCCGGACUACUUGCUGCACAUUCCGACUAUGUGAAGGAGCUCACAAACAAGGUCGUACAGACAAAGGAUCAGCAGCUUCUCAAAGACCUACAGAGAUGGUUCGAAGUGGAUUUAAAGCGCGUUGGGGUCAUCCCAAAUGCAGAAAUUUAUGCUCAAAUGAUCAGAGCCAGUUGGCAGUCGUCGGGUGCAAGCAGAGAACGUGCGGUGAGAAGAUACCAGAAAUUGGCUGAUGAAGCUGGAUUUGGUGCCGAAACCAAUGCUCUUUGGGAGUUUGAUGUGGAAGACUACUCUCCAGUUUCUGCUUCGCGCCUCCAGGAACAUGCGGACGCACAAGUGACCGGCCUGACCAAGCUCGACCAGCAAGAACGUGGAGCAGGGGGAAGAGCCUUCGCUAAGCCUGCAGGUGAAAUACAAGCUGUUAAGGCAACGGAACAAAAGGGCUCGGGUCUUUCAACGCUCAAGAAAUCAUUAGAGCUGUUCGGAGACAAAGGUGCAGACUUGUUCAGUGGCAGAGAGGUUACUGAUGGUGAAUUGUCUGCCGAGGAGCGCCAGAGGCUACUGGAAAACAACACGAUCACGGCUGCCAUGGAUCGCUGGCGUGCAGAAGAUAAACAUCGGAAGGGCAUAGGUAUCAAUAGCAGUCUGGCGUCAUCUUCGAUUGGUGCCAUGAUGUGGAAAUGGCACGAGGCUUUGGUCCCGUUGAUCGAGGAGGAUGUGAAAAAAACGAAAGAAGCCGAAGGAAGGGAAACGAAGAAGAAGGCCGAUGAGGAUCUUCUACUCUGGGGUCCCUUCAUGCAAUUCCUGUCGCCAGAGAAGCUCUCGGCAGUCGCCAUUUUGGCUACUCUGACGAUUCUCAGUACGGAAAGUGUCGAUGAACGAGGUAUGAGAAUCCACCAUGUUGUUACAGGCAUCGGGAGUGCUAUUCAGGCCGAAAGCGUUGCUGAACAUUAUGGGCAUAAGAAAAAGAGAAAGAAGUGGCGUGAGUCAAACCUGGCAGAGGGGAUCAGGGAACUUGAUAGCACAGGCCCGGGAAUAUCAGAUGGAAAGCUACAGAAUAUCCUCCGGGGCCGGGCAUCAAGCCUCUAUGAUAGUAUGGAGUGGACACAAACAAUAAAGGUCAAGGUCGGUGCAGUACUCCUCUCUCAUCUAAUGGACAUCGCCAAGGUACAGGUGUCUCGCAAAGAUCCCAAGACCGGUAUAGAGCUGCGAGAGACGCAGCCAGUUUUCUUUCACACGUUUCAAUACGUGGGUGGGAAGCGCGUGGGUGUCGUCCGGCUCAACACGGCCGUACUAGAAACGUUGGCGAAGGCUCCUGUGACCUCAGCAAUAGCCAAAUACCUACCAAUGGUCGCCGAACCCAAAUCAUGGAUUGGAUUCCGCGAAGGAGGUUUCUAUGAGCAUUCGAUACCUGUAGUGCGCAUCGGUUCACAUGACGUGCAGUCGAAACGGUAUGCUAUCACUGCAGCGGAAAACGGAGACAUGUCUCAGGUUUUUGCAGGCCUUGACGUACUGGCGAAAACACAGUGGAAAGUCAACUCUUUCGUUUUCAAGGUCAUGCUUGAUGCAUGGAAUACUGGAGAGGCAAUUGCUAAGAUUCCUCCCGCAAACCAACCAACUGACAAACCUCGUGAGCCACCACCGUCAGCUGAGCCUAAGGUCCGACAAAAAUGGAUGAGGGCCGUACGGGAUGCUGAGAACCAGAGGUCAGGGCUCAAGAGUCAAAGGUGUUUUCAAAAUUUCCAGCUUGAAGUCGCUCGGGCGUACUUGAACGAAACGUUCUAUUUUCCACACAACUGUGACUUCCGUGGGCGUGCAUAUCCUAUGGCUCCCUUUUUGAAUCAUAUGGGGGCUGAUAAUGCGCGAGGCCUUCUGCUUUUCGCGAAGGGCAAAGAGCUCACCGACUCUGGGCUCUGGUGGCUCAAAAUACAUCUCGCCAACGUGCAUGGAUACGACAAGGCUAGCUUCGAGGAGAGACUGCGGUUCACCGAGAACCAUUUGGCUGAAAUAUAUGAUUCUGUCAACAACCCUUUGGACGGCAACAGAUGGUGGUUGAAAGCUGAGGAUCCUUGGCAGUGCCUUGCGGCCUGCAAUGAAUUGAAAGCUGCUUUGGACUUGCCCGACCCCACCCGUUACGUCUGCCAUCUUGCAAUACACCAAGACGGUACUUGCAAUGGUCUUCAACAUUAUGCAGCGCUUGGAGGUGAUGUCGUUGGUGCCCAGCAGGUGAACCUUGAGCCUGGUGAUCGACCGUCCGACAUAUACACCACUGUGGCCGAAAUGGUCAAAGCAGAGAUUGCGGACGAGGCAGCGCAGGGCAACGGGUUGGCACGACAGUUGGAUGGUAGAGUGACCAGAAAGGUCGUCAAACAAACAGUCAUGACCAAUGUUUAUGGCGUGACAUUUACAGGCGCCAAGAGGCAGGUUCUAAAGCAGCUUGACGAUUUGAUGCUUGACCUUCCGGAUACCUUCGGACUAAAUCGGCUUGCGGCAGCAUCGUACGUUGCGAGGAAGAUCUUUAAAUCACUCUCGACCAUGUUUAAAGGAGCACACGACAUACAAUACUGGCUUUCGGACUGUGCUGCGAGGAUAUCCGAUUCUAUAUCGGCGGAGCAAGUUGACUACACCGAGAGACAAGUUAAGGGUGAAAAGUUUCCAAAUCAAUUCAAGUUGAAAGCUCUGAGGGGGCAGAAAGACGAGCUCUGGUCGUUCAAGUCAAGCGUCAUUUGGACGACGCCUCUGAAAAUGCCUAUUGUUCAACCUUAUCGGAAGACAACUACGCGCCGUAUCGCCACCAACCUCCAGUCUAUCACUAUCCGGCAUCGCACGGCAGCGGACCCUGUCCACAAAGUGAAACAGCUCCAGGCGUUCCCGCCAAAUUUCAUACAUUCACUCGACGCCACACACAUGUUUCUCACAGCGCUGAAAUGCCACGAGGUCGGUCUUACCUUCGCUUCAAUCCAUGACUCGUUUUGGACACAUGCCGGAGACGUAAACAUAAUGAACAGAGUCAUUCGCGAUGCUUUCAUCAGGAUGCACUCCGAAGACAUCAUUGGUCGACUUGCGGCUGAAUUUAACGCAAGGUACAAGGGCUACAUGCAUCUUGCAAGCGUCUUCUCUAAGAGCCCCGUCGGUCGCAAGAUCUUGAGGUGGCGUAGGAGCGUUGAUUCAGAAGCCAAGAAGAGAGGUGUUGCAGCAAGAAAAAGAGACGAACUGAUCCUCGAACGCCGCCGUUUGGUUUUGCUCACAUCUAAGGACCCCAGGGAGCGCGAAGAAGGAGAGGCGAUGAUCACACCAGCGAAAUUGUUUGCCGAAGCAGCAGAUGAAAAAGCUUUGGCGCCAUCAGACAUCCAACCAGCUACCAUUGGCGAGAUGGGACCAGCUUCCUUGAGAUCUACCAAAUUGAAGGCCAACCAACGCCUGGAGGUUGGUGACAUCGCGAAUAUCGAGACAGUGCUUAGUGACGAUGAGACUGAGGGUCCCGAAUUCCACGAUACAGCAAAUUCCCGAGCCGAUGCGGCCGACACGGAGGCAAUCGAAGAGACAACGCCCAAGGCAGAGGAGAUCGAGCCCAAAAAGAACAAAGCUGCCAGUAGAGACAGGAAGAUCUGGUGCUGGUUGCCGUUGACAUUUGCCCCUGUCCCAAAGAAGGGUGAUUUCGAUGUCUCGAGGUUGAAGGAGAGUCAGUAUUUCUUUUCUUGA